AUGGCCAUCGAGUUGCCCACGCCGAAUUUAGAUGGCCGUAUAUCCCAUACAACAUCCGGCUCCUGCGUCGACUACCGUAUAAUAGGCGUCAUUAAUCUCAACACAACGCAGACCCUUUAUACACAGUUGGCAUUCGCCGGAAACGCUACCUACCAGCUUGUGCCAGGCGACCCCUUCCCCUCAGAAACCCCCGUCCCGAGACCGGCACCCGGCUCAGGCCCAUCCUACUCAGAUUCGAACUCGGGAGGAGGUGGGGGAGGAGGCUCCUCAGGCGGUCUUAGGCCCCGCGCGAUUGCGGGCAUCGCCAUCGGCGCAGGCGCUGUGCUUAUCGCGGGAGCCGGCCUGAUCUACCUCUACAACCGGAGGCACCGCUUUGAGAAAGCCUACCGCAAAUCGGCACAGUCCUGCGCGGUAUAG